CACGUAGGAUUGACAGUGACAAGCUGACAACCAAGAAAAUGCCCUUGUCGCAAAUUAAAUAUAAAAUGUGUACUUUUUGAUGACUGUUGAAAAUUCUAUUAAAACAUAUUUGUGAUAAUACAUUUAGGUAUGGUGAAAUUUUCGUAUUUUACAUACAACCCCUUUUAAACUAGAACUUUACAAAAGAGUAACCAUUAAUUUGCUUCUUACAUUAAUUGAGAUCAAAGGUAAAAUGAUGAACACGCAAGCUAAUAUUCCCGAACAAUCUUUACCGAAUGGUUUGCCCCCACAGUUUGGAAGAUCGAACACAAUUCCCACCGUACUGCCAUUCAAUGGAGUUGAUUCUUCUCAUUCUUCAAGAACAAGCUCGCCAGCUGAUCGUUUGCAACAGAUUCCUGCAUCACAAUUGCCACCAUCGAGAUCAGCUAUUCCUAUGUCUCAAUUGCCGCCAAGCGUUGCGAAAUCUGGAAGUAAUAUCGGCCAAAUUACACAAAAUUAUGCUAAUUUGAAUAUUUCACAUAUGACGCCCAAUACAAGUCCGAAAAUUCAACCCUCUGGCACAUCUACACCUCUGGUAAAUGCGAGUAAACCUGAAAUUUCUUCUGAAGGAAUAUCCCCGAUUCGUGUUCAGAACACUUUUAUGCAUUCUAGACCAAAUAAUUUUGAAAAUGCACAUGCACAUGCAAGAAAUGCUAGUUAUACAAAUGGCCAACCUCCACCUAUUGUGAAUCAAUCUCAAACUGCACCGUUGAAACCAAAUGAAAGCAAUAAUUUAUAUACUCAAAAACCGGUAGCAAAUGGCCCACCUGAAAUUCCACCAUUUAACAAUCCAUCAGUUUUGAGACCGCAGCCGGCUCCAGUAAUGUAUCAGUCUGUUGCAUUACCCGCUCCACAAUUGAAUAGUGUUCGUCCAAACAACAGGGUGACGGCAGUACGACCCAGUUAUCCACCAAUGGGGCCCCAAGUUUCCCAGCCACCGCAAAUUCCUCUGCAACCAUCAAUCCCACCACAACAACAAACUUCAGUUCCUCCAAAAACAAACCGAUAUCCCCAACCAGCUCCUCAAUUUCAAACCAAUCUACCAACACAAUAUCAAAAUUUUGGUGGUACAAUGCAGCAAAACUUCCAGAAUCAAAGGAUGCCGCCGCCAGCAAAUAUUGUCCAAUCCGGAUUUAACAAAAUGUGGGGACAGGAGAAUUUCGACUUGCUGCAAUGUCCGAACAUUUUACCGCCGAACAAGGUGGAAGCGCCACGCAUACAUUUGGGCCAAGACUAUUUAGACGCCGCCAAUUGCAGUUCGGACAUUUUUCGUUGUACCAUGACGAAAAUACCCGAAACGAGUUCGCUACUACAAAAAUCCCGCCUUCCUUUGGGAAUUUUGAUACAUCCUUUCAAAGAUCUGGAUCACCUACCCGUCAUUCAAUGCUCUACGAUAGUGAGAUGUCGGGCGUGCCGCACGUAUAUCAAUCCGUUUGUGUUUUUCGUCGAUAUGAAACGUUGGAAGUGUAAUUUGUGCUAUCGAGUGAACGAGCUACCCGAGGAGUUUCAGUUUGAUCCGGUUACAAAAACUUACGGUGAUCCGUCGAGGAGGCCGGAGAUUAAGUCGAGUACCAUCGAGUAUAUCGCACCGUCGGAGUACAUGCUGAGACCGCCGCAGCCCGCGGUGUAUUUGUUUCUUCUGGAUGUGUCCCAUGCAGCUAUCGAAAGCGGUUAUUUACAUACGUUUUGCAAUGUGUUGACAACGUGCCUGUCGGAUAUGCCGGGCGAUGCGAGGACGCAGGUCGGAUUUAUCGCGUAUAAUUCUGCUUUACACUUUUAUUGUCUUGCCGAAGGUCUGAGUCAACCGCAUGAGAUGAUAGUUUUAGACGUAGACGAUGUGUUUUUGCCUUGUCCGGACAAUUUAGUUGUUAAUUUGUCGGAACGUAAGGAAUUGGUUACGGAUCUGCUAGCUCAGUUGCCUACAAGAUUUCUGAGCAGUCACGAUACCGGUUCAGCGUUAGGUGCCGCGUUGCAGGCCGCACACAAGCUGAUCAGUUGCACCGGGGGUCGGAUCACCGUGUUUCAAGCUACACUACCGACGAUUGGACCCGGUGCUUUGACUGUUAGAGAAGAUCCCAAUCAACGUGCCGGGAUUGAAGUGCACAACUUAAAUCCGGCCAAUGAUUUUUAUAAGAGAUUGGCUUUGGAAUGCAGCGGGCAACAAAUUGCCGUAGAUCUGUUUAUUUUGAACUCUCAGUACGUGGAUUUGGCCACAAUAUCCGGCAUAAGUCGAUUUAGCGGGGGCUGUAUGUAUCAUUUUCCUCUUUUCAAGGCAUCGCGUACUCUUCAAGCGGAACACUUAGAAAGAAGCUUGAAACGAUACUUAACCAGAAAAAUUGGCUUCGAAGCCGUGAUGAGAAUUCGAUGCACCAGAGGAUUAUCGAUUCAUACGUUCCACGGCAACUUUUUUGUUAGAUCUACCGACUUAUUAUCAUUGCCCAAUGUUAAUCCGGAAGCCGGCUUUGGUAUGCAGGUGUCGAUAGACGAAAGCUUGUCGGAUUUACACACGGUCUGUUUCCAAGUCGCACUUCUGUACACGUCAAGCAAGGGAGAACGACGAAUCAGAGUGCACACAUUAUGUAUUCCUGUCGCAUCCACACUAUCCGAUAUACUUGCAUCGGCAGAUCAACAAUGUAUAGUUGGACUUCUAGCAAAAAUGGCCGUGGACCGAUCAAUGCAAUCUAGUCUAGCAGACGCCCGAGAGGCUUUUCUCAAUGUUGCCAUAGACAUCCUCUCCAGUUACAAAUUGUCAUUAAAUAUGGGAACCGGCGAAGGCAGCGGUUUACAGGUGUCGAACAGUCUCCGACUUUUACCGUUGUAUAUAUCCGCCCUAUUGAAAUUUGUCGCUUUCCGAACGGGAACCUCGACACGCCUGGAUGACCGGGUUAAGGCAAUGUGCGACAUGAAAACCUUACCCCUAUAUCUACUGAUACAGCAAAUCUAUCCGGACUUAUACCCCAUUCACAAUUUACCAGAACAAAACACAAUCUCCAAAGACGGCGAAUUAAUUCCCCAACCGCCUCAACUACAACUGUCUGCGAGAUCUCUAGAUUCAAAAGGGGCAUUUCUUAUGGACGCGGGCGAGCACAUGAUUAUCUUGGUCGGACCGUCCGUUUCGGAUAUUUUCCUUAACGAGGCGUUGGGUGUCCCGAAUUACAACGCGAUUACCGAUCAAAUGUACGACUUGCCAAUUUUAGACACGCUUCAUAAUCAGAGACUGAACAGUUUUAUUAAUUCUUUAAAUGAGGAGAAGCCGUUCGUCGCCACUCUUCAAAUUAUUAAGGAAAAUAGUCCGAAUAGAAGCUUAUUUAUCGAACGUCUAAUUGAGGAUCGAAUAGAAACUGCAUUAUCUUACCACGAAUUUUUACAACAUUUAAAAACACAAGUGAAGUAACAAUAUAUUCAGUUUGUACGCCCUUUAUUGUGUUACAUUAACAAUAAGUUUAUCGCAAACUUUUUUUUUUACUCUUGCAAUCGUUUUCACAUUCCGCCAUGACUCCGGAUUAAUUUUGCCUUCAUUGCAAGUCCCUCCUUACAUGAUUAUUCUGUUGAUCGCCGCACAGAUCAAUGGUGAGUUAUCUCAAUUAUUGUAAUUGGUUUUAAACUUGGUGAUUUAAGUGUAUUUCUAGUUAUCAAUUUUGUUGUCUUAGAAGAUAAAGGCUAUAACAUAUUGUUAUUUGGAAAUUAUUCACAUUGUAACGUUUUAUUUAUUGUUUUAAUAUACAUAUGUACAUAUUCUUCAA